AAAGUGUGAGGAUUGGGUGGCUAGAGCUGGCAUGGCAACGCAACCCUGAGCUCGGCUUCGGGUGUGAAAAUGGUGGGGUCUCGAUCUCUCUCUCUUCCAUGUUUCCUCAAGUUUCUCUUCUAUGGCUUCUCUCUCUCUCUCUUAGGGUCAAACCCUCCUCUCUCUUUCUCUUGACAGAUUUUCUCUCUCUCUCUCUCUCUCUUCUCCUCUUUUGGUUGUUUGGAAGCUCCUGUUACUUCCCCCAAUUGCGACCCUUCUUCCCUUCUUCCUCAAUACGCAGCCAUCGCACUAUUCUACUCAUAUCCUUCAUGGGUGAGAAGCAGCUACCCUGUAAUGGAGUCCACUUUGGUCAACCAGCCCACUUCCACGCCUCCCUGGAUUGUUCUUCCCGGAAUUAGCGCUCCCGACACAAACCCAUCUCGAAUUUUUUAAUGUGCUUGCGUGAUCACGAUUGGGUCGCACCCGUUGGAGGGAUUGAUUUGUAGAUCAGAUGGCGGAUAGUUGGGAUGGAAGUUAUGACGACUCUGGAAGCGUGUCGGAUGAGAGCAGUUACUAUGCGAGGCAGCAUAUUGAGCCUAUUUACGACUCGUUUCUGUGCCCUUUAACGAAGCAAGUAAUGCGGGAUCCUGUUACUAUAGAAAGUGGGCAAACUUUUGAACGUGCGGCGAUUGAGAAAUGGUUUGACGAAUGCAGGGAGAGUAGAAGGAGGCCAAUCUGUCCAAUGACGCUAAAGAAAUUGAGUAGCACGGAUCUAAAUCCCAGUAUUGCUCUGCGGAAUACGAUUGAAGAGUGGACUGCUAGGAAUGAAGCUGUUCAGCUUGAUAUGGCUCGUAAGUCACUCAACUUGGGGAGUGCAGAAAAUGAAACUUUGGGCUCUUUGAAAUAUGUGCAGCAUGUGUGCAAGAAGGAUCUGUCGAAGCACAUUGCACGGAAUGCUGGGCUAAUACCUAUGAUUGUUAGCUUGUUGAAGAGCACCAGUCGAAAAGUUCAGUUUAGAGCUUUGGAAACUCUUCGAAUUGUGGUGCAAGAAGACAACGAGUGUAAGGAAAUAUUAGCUGAGGGGGACACUGUUCACACAGUAGUGAAGUUCUUGCGUCUUGAGCGUUCGAAAGAGAAGGAGGAAGCUGUAGCUUUGCUGUAUGAGCUUUCCAAGUCUGAAGCCUUGUGUGAAAAGAUCGGUUCAAUUAAUGGGGCUAUUCUUAUAUUAGUUGGAAUGUCAGGCAGCAAAUCUGAGAAUCUCUCCACAAUUGAAAAUGCUGAUAGAACAUUAGAGAAUCUAGAGAAGUGUGAGAAUAAUAUUCGACAAAUGGCUGAAUACGGUAGAUUGAGGCCUCUUCUAACACAGAUUCUUGAAGGCCCACCAGAAACUAAACAUUCCAUGGCUGCAUAUUUGGGCGAGCUAGUUCUAAAUAACGAUGUAAAACUCUUUGUGGCUCAGACUGUCGGGUCAUCUCUAAUUAAUAUAAUGAAAAGUGGUGAUAAGCAGUCAAAAGAAGCUGCUUUGAAAGCCUUGAACCAGAUAUCGUCUUUUGAGGCUAGUGCAAAAGUUUUGGUACAAGAAGGGAUACUCCCACCUCUCGUUAAGGAUCUCUUCUCAGUUGGUCCGAAUCUACUUCCUAUGCGAUUAAAAGAAGUAUCUGCAACAAUUCUUGCCAAUGUUGUGAGCUCAGGCUGUGAUUUCGAUUCCAUUCCAGUGAAAUCUAAUAAUCAGACUACACUUGUCUCUGAAGAUACAGUCCACAACCUGCUACAACUCAUUAGCAAUACUGGUCCUGCUAUUGAAUCUAAACUUCUCCAGGUUCUUGUUGGACUCACGAGGUCUCCUUCAACUAUUUCGAGUAUUGUUGCUGCCAUUAGAAGCUCGGGUGCGAUUAUCAGCUUGGUUCAGUUUAUUGAUGCCCCGCAGCUGGAUUUGCGUGUUUCUGCUAUAAAUCUCCUCCAUAAUAUCUCCUCACACUUGAGCCAGGAGCUAGCAGAUGCUCUGCGUGGCUCAGCUGGCCAGCUGAACAGUUUGUUUAGAAUCAUAGCAGAAAAUACUGGAAUCACAGAAGAACAAGCAGCCGCUGUGGGGCUUCUAGCAGAUCUCCCCGAAAGGGAUUUAGGCCUCUCCAGGCAGAUGCUUGAUGAAGAAGCUUUUGAGUUGGUCUACUUUAGAGUCGUUAAACUCCGCCAAGGGGAGAUUAGGGGCACCCGAUUUUUAACACCAUUCCUUGAAGGCCUUGUUCGAAUUCUUGCGAGGAUUACAUUUAUAUUGGCUGAUGAGCCUGAUGCUCUUGCAUUUUGUCGCAGCCACAAUCUUGCUGCUUUAUUCAUUGAACUGCUUCAGUCUAAUGGACUCGACAAUGUACAGAUGGUUUCAGCCAUUGCAUUGGAAAAUCUAUCUCAAGAAUCCAAAAAUUUGACCCAAUUACCUGAGUUUCCAGCACCUGGAUUUUGUGCCUCAAUUUUUCCAUGCUUCAGCAAACAACCAGAACUAAUAGGGCUGUGUCCGCUCCAUCGAGGUACAUGCUCCUUGAAGGAAAGUUUUUGUCUUCUGGAAGGUCAGGCAGUGGACAAAUUGAUAGCCCUUUUAGACCACACAAGUGAGAAGGUUAUCGAGGCAGCGCUUGCAGCACUAUCUACUUUGUUGGAUGACGGAGUUGAUAUUGAGAAGGGGGUGAAGAUUUUGGACGAAGCAGAUGGGGUUCAGCCUAUAUUCAACGUGCUGCUUGAAAACCGUACAGAGAAUCUGAUGAGAAGGGCCGUUUGGGCAGUCGAGAGGCUGUUGCGCUCGGAGGACAUCGUAAUGGCGUCCUCGAAUAAUCCGAAGGUGAGCACAGCACUUGUUGAUGCCUUCCAACACGGUGACUACCAAACCAAGCAAAAUGCUGAGCGAGCUCUAAGACAUAUUGAUAAGCUACCCAACUUCUCCAAUAUAUUUCCUAAUCCUAAUAUGGGAUAACAAUGUUUGUGUUUGUUCUAUAUAUGCUCUUCUCUUUGCCCAAUUAAUAGUGCCUUCGUUUGCCUUAUUACCUUCUUUUUUCUUUCCUGCUUAUCAUUAUUUCUUAUUUUUGUUUGCGAGAUUCUUGCCAAAAUGUUGGAGGUAGGUAUUGGAUGUAAAAAGUCUCCACUUUUUAGAUUUUUCAGGAAUUUGAUUUGUUCAGUGAUUUAUAGCCUGUAAGUUAUUUUGAUUUAUCUUAUUGUUAUAUUUGUCAAUGGAAUAAACUAGGAUAUCAGAUCGAGUUCGGGAA